AUGAGUAUCCUUCCAGCUGUUGAGCCCAAAGGCGACGUGCCAGGGGUCAAUGUGUUUGCGGAUGAGAAGAGCGACAAAGCCCCGUCGUCAUCAAGCGAGCCACAAGAUGUGCAGUCCUUCCUCUCGUCUUUCACCGCCGAGGAGCAUAAGUCGAUCAUGAAGAAGGUCGACCGCCGUUUCCUGCUGUUGAUUGGUUUGAUGUACAUGCUCAAGAAUAUCGACUAUAUGAACGCAGCUGUGGUGAAAGUUCUGCAGGUUGGGGAACCGAGAAACAUUCUUACAGAGCUCAAUAUGACUCCUGACGAGUACAACUGGGUUCAAUCCAUCUACUUCAUAUCGUACAUCAUCUUUGAGGUGCCCAGCAACCUCAUGCUCAAGAAGAUGACCCCGAGACUUUGGCAGUCUCGCAUCAUCUUCUCAUGGGGUCUUGUGCUGGCAUGCCACGCCGCCGUCCACAACAAACAAGGAAUCUAUGCCUGUCGGUUUUUUCUUGGCAUGAUGGAAGCGGGACUGUUCCCCGGCUUAGCAGCACAGCUUUGCAGUUGGUACCGGACCGAAGAGAUGGGCAAGCCCAUAAUGUGGAUGUUUGGUUGGCAGAAUUGUGCAGGAGUGGUCGGAUCAAUGCUGGCGUAUGGGAUCUCAUACAUGAACGGUCUCGGUGGCCUUAGUGGUUGGCAAUGGGUCUACCUUCUCGAGGGUCUCUUCACGGUGCUCUUCGCUGGCGUCGUCUGGUUCUGUCUACCAGACUAUCCCAAGUCCGCCAGCUCCGACAAAUGGCUCACACCGCGGGAACAAGAAUACCUCGAAGUGCGCCUCACUUCCAACGCACCCAAGACCUCUGAUUCCGCCUUCGACACAGCCGAGAUCAUCGCCUCGCUGAAGAAUCCGCGCACAUACUCAUUUUGCUUGAUGCAGGUGCUGAUGAACCUCGGUGGCUAUGGCUUGCAGUGGCAGUUGCCGACCGUAACGACGAGUCUGGGCUUCGCUGGCUUGCCAAGAAAUCAGCUAUUGAACAUUGCACCUGCGGCAGCAAGUGUGCUGGCUAUCAUCUUUGCAGGCUGGUUUCUUGGUAGAGCAUAUUUGACAAGGCCGCAGUUCUCCAUGUUCAUCUGCGCUGGCGCCUUCGCGUUCUUUCUGGUACUGUGUGUGCCAGGGGACGUCAGUCGGAUGGCGACAUACAUGGCCUGCAUUUUUGGCACGAUGUUCUAUUCUGUCUACUUUAUUCCUUUCUGGGCUUGGCGCUCUGCAACUUUGGUCGGCACCACAGGCACCGCCUUCACGCUAGCCUUUCAAUCAUGCAUUGGACAGGUCGGCGGUGUUGUCGGUCCGCAGUUGUUCCAGUCUCGCUUCGCUCACAAUGGGUACAAGACAUCCUUUGCUAUCUGUGCAGCCGCUAUCGGAGGGAGCUGGUUGGCCAAUUGCUGGACAUGGUACCUGACGGCGAAGAACGAGAACGAUAUCCGCAGGGUCGCGAGGCUGAGGAUCAAGGCAUACAGGGAGGGCCGGGUGUGGGCUGGCAAGGAUAUUGAGGUCUAG